GGCGCGUACCAGGACGGGUCGCAGCUGUUUCUGCUCAUGGAGGCGGUGCGCGGCGUCGAGCUCUUCUUGCUGCUGCGCGAGGCGACGCGGCUCGACCCCGCCACCGCCGCGCUCUACACCGCCAUGGCCGCGUCGGCGCUCGGCCACUUGCACAGCCUCGGCGCGCCUCCCCGCCCUCGGCCCGAUUCGGCCGUAGGCUACCUCAAGCUCGUCGACUUUGGGCUCGCCGCGCACCUCUCCUCGGCGGCGGACCGCACCUGGACGCUGUGCGGCACGCCGGAGUACACCGCGCCCGAGGUGAUCGCGUGCCGCGGCCACAGCUUCGCCGUCGACUGGUGGGCCCUCGGCGUGCUCCUGUACGAGCUGCUGACCGGCUUCCCGCCCUUUUGCGCCGACGAGCCCAUCAAGGUGUACACCCUGGUGCUGUCCGGCGAGGCGCGU